AUGAAGCGCAAUGUCGCCGUGGUGUCGUCCAUAGGCAUCUACCUGUUGUCUUCUGUGACAUCUGUCUUCGUGAAUAAGUACGUGCUGAUGGACGGGACCGUGGACACGGUGCUCCUCAUAUUUAUCCAACACCUUUCAUGUCUCCUGCCCCUACAUAUAUUUAAGACUUACUUUAUGGGGACCCAGGACAAGGAUGGAGUUCAGAAGCAGAACAUGGGAUCCCUCUAUGAAGGAUUCAAACACAUGUGGAUGAUAAUUAUCUCCUUCAAUUUUACCCUAAUAUUUGGGAAUACAUGUUUGAAGUACACGAAUAUAUCUUCAUAUCAGCUAGCUAGAUCCAUGACACUGCCUUUUAACUUUCUGUUUUCGUAUUUUUUUUUUAAGCAAAUAAACUUUACCUUCAUGAUGACAUUUGCGUGCAUGUUAGUUUCAGUUGGAUUCUUCGUCUUUUCAGUGGACGCCAUCAGUACCAACUUCAAGUCGGUUUUGUAUGGCACCACCGUCUCCAUCGUUCAAGCCAUCCAUCUAAACCUCCUGAAGAAGAAGUUAAUGAUUUAUCAGAACAAAACUGUCAUGCUUUAUUAUAAUAUAUUGUACUCUUCUAUCAUCCUAUUUAUUUACCUGUCUAUAAGAGGAGAGUUUUUCUCCAUUUUCCGCUGGAACCAUCGCGUUUGCUUUAAUCUGGCCUUGUCGUGUAUUUCGUCCAUCUUCGUCACAUUUUCCUCCUUCAUGUGCAUUCACUACACGGACAACGUCGUCUUCAACAUGUUUGGGAAUGUCAAGUCGACCAUGCAGACAUUCAUAAGUAAAUUUUACCAUGCGGAGCAAUUAAACAUGUACACGUUGAUGGGCAUCUUGUUCACGACCCUGGGGUCUUUCCUCUACACUUAUUCCAGCCAGUACGCAGGAAAGCAGAAAGUUCGGUGA